AUGAGUCCUGCAAGAAUGGAACCCGAAGGCAUGACGUUGGCUAAACUUCAAAAGGGGGUGGCUCUGAUGCUCAAAAUCAAAGAACAAUGCCAAAGAUGGGGUUUCACUAAAGAGACGUUUGUCGGGAUUGUCGAAGGAGAAACAUCCUCCACCCCUGAAGAAGAUGGACGCGCUGCUAUCUUAAUGAAUGUGAUAGCACUGUCGUCUAGCCUUUGCGGGAUCAAACCUCAACAGACCUUAAGAGAUAUUAUUGGACUCGUCUACUGUGAGCGUAUUAAGAAGAUGAGGAAUAGUGCAGGGCACGAGUAUUCCAACAUUCCAGGGAAAAAUGGAGUUGAUUAUGAGGCUAUGUGGAGCUUUAUCGAUGAAGAUUUCCCCCUGAUUAUGGAGAAGCUUGAGGAGGCUAUCAAGGAAAGGGAACCUUCUAGUACUACCGCUGCCCUUUAG